AUGGUAUAUAAUCAUAAACAGGGUACCGAAAUCUAUCAAUGUAUAAAGAUUCAGCCGAAUCCCAGAUGCGAAAGCCUUGCAGUCUUCUUGUAAGUUUCAAGCAUUUGAUCAAAUUUGCGAUACGUUGAGUGACAUUUGGGUGCUUAGUAUUAAUGAAGAAUGUUAUGGUACAUAUAAAUGAUAGCUCGUGAUUACAAAGAUUUAUAAAUAUAUUUUAAAGGGUAAAAUACACAAUUGCAGAAAAAAAUACACUUUUGCAGAAAAAGAAAGAAGCGGUUUUAACGAUAUAUUGUACAUUACGUCGACUUUACGGAUUUAAUAGAAACAAGAAAGAAACAUUAAAAUCAUAG